AUGCCAUCGUCCAAGGCUGACAAGCCUGCUGCGCAGCUCCGCGAGGUUCUGGCCCUCCUCUCAGCCGCGGUGGAGAGCCUAGCCUCGGAAUGGGAAUCAUCCCCGGGCCAUGAUGACGCUGCCGCUUCCGCUACCGAUACCGAGAAUGCUGCCGCCGCCACCACCACAACCAAAAACACCAACACCGUGUCACAUGCCGAGAAUGAUGCGGUCAAGGUCAUCAUUGCCGCAUUGGGUUCGAUCGAGAGCCUCGUUCUAGACCCGCACACUCGCCUGCUGAACCUGUCCAUGUCCUAUCUUAUCGCUCGAGCCUUGCAUGUCGCCGCCGAGCAUGGUGUCGCCGAAUUGCUUGCCCGCGCCGAGCAGGGCGGAGUCAGCGCUGUCCAGUUGGCCAAAGAGACUGGCAUAGAAGAGGGGAAGCUCUGUCGCGUCAUGCGAACGUUGACGUCGCACCAUGUCUUCCAGGAGAUUGAGGAAGGCUGUUUUGCCAAUAAUCGCAUCUCUCAGGCACUUGUCGGCGACGCUGCCUUUCAAGCAAACAUUGUCAUGAAAGGCCAGCUCCAGUAUACCGCCAGCGACUUCCUCCCACAAGCUCUAGUAAACCCGGCAACUAGGGACAGUCACGACCCGAGGAAGACGGCCUUUCAGCAGGCUGUGGGCACGAAACUGUCUCUGUUCGAGUGGAUGAACGAGUUGGUGCCCGAGUCCGAGGUGAAUUGGCGGCCUCGAGCGGUGCGCAAACAUCCAUGCGAGGAGGAUGAUGAUGAUAAUGGACCACUGAAAUCCCAUGUCUCCAGCCAGAAGAUGGUCCCUCGCCCUGAAAAACAACUCUUCAAUCUUGCAAUCAGCGGCCAGGGCAAAGGGACCGAAAAAUAUUGCGUGCUGGACUUUCCUUGGCAGGACCUGCAGGAUGGUGCAACGGUUGUGGACGUUGGUGGCGGGAUUGGCAAGUCUUCAACUUUCCACACUCUGUGUUCAUUCUGCAUGCAGCUCCACGCCUACCACCCUAAUCUCAGCCUGAUUGUCCAAGACCGAGAGCAUGUGAUCCAACAAGCAAUCGCCGUGUGGGAGACCAAGCAUCCGUCUGCCGUUGCUGACGGCCGAGUCACGUUAGCGCCGCAUGAUUUUUUCCAGAAAAACCCAGUAGUAGGUGCUGAGAUAUACUGGUUACGAUAUAUUAUCCACGAUUGGGCAGACAAUGAAGCCAUCGCCAUCCUGUCGCGGGUCGCAGAAUCAAUGAGUCCAAGCUCCCGCAUCCUGAUCGCGGAGAUCUUGAUGAACACCACCUUACCUUCGAACAAGCUCAAGUCGGCCCCUGAGCCGCUGCUGGCGAAUUACGGUGUGGCAAUGGCUCCCGCACACAUGAUGGACUUGAAUAUGAUGAUGAUGACGAAUGGGAGGGAGAGGACCCCGGCUGAAUUUGAGCGUAUUGUGCAAGCAGCUGGGUUGGUGAUGGACAAGAUCUGGGAGUGCCGGGGUCCCUUGAGCAUCAUUGAGUGUCGUUUAGCCUGA